AUGGACAGAGGCCGAAGAGAAAAGGCUGCUGCGACGGUGAGGCCCCAACGCGAAAAACUCUUCCCUUCAGCUCCAAUUCCACGUAUUCUAAACCUUUGUGACAGGCUUGACUUCUGGCUGCUCCCACUCCUGGUCGUCGGCUUCUUCGUUCUCCAGCUCGACCGUUCCAACAUCGGCAACGCACUCUCCGGAACCAUCGCCGAAGACCUCGGGGUCAGCAAAGACGACAUCAACGCCGGCAACCAACUGCAGAUCGCCGCCAUCGUGGCCUUCGAGAUCCCGUCGAACCUCGUCCUGCAGCGGGUCGGGCCCAGCAGGUGGAUUUCGUUCCUCUGCGUCGCGUGGGGUCUGGUCGCUACGUUCCAGGCCUUCUGCAGCGGGAAAGCGUCCUUCCAUGCCACGCGGUUUCUGCUCGGUAUGUUUGAGGCGGGAUAUAUACCGGGCUGCCAGUAUGUGCUGGCCUCGUUCUACAAGCGAAAAGAACUGGCCACACGGACGGCCGUCUUUUACGUUGGCAAUUACUUUGCUGCGGGCACGGGAUCGUUGAUGGCGGCGGGCAUCCUGGAUAUGCACGGCAAGCAUGGUCUUUCCGGCUGGCAAUGGCUGUUCCUGAUUGAAGGAUGCAUCACGAUGGCCGUGGCGGUGACAUUCAUCCUGAUCCUGCCGGAAAGCCCUGCUAGAACCGUAGGCCUGGCCCGCAUCUCGCGCCUCAAUCCUUUCAAGCCGCACGAGAACCACAUCCUGCAGCAACGCAUCUUCCUGGACGACCCAUACAAAGAGGCGAGUGGCAACAAGAUCACGCUCGCCGCCGUCGCCAAAGCCCUCGCCGACGUGCGCCUCUGGGGCCAUCUGGCCAUCAACGUGCUCUCCCUGGCGCCCAAGGGCGGCCUGCAGCUGUACUCACCCAGCAUCAUCAAGUCGCUGGGCUUCAGCACCUCCCGCGCCAACGCGCUGAACUCGGUCUCCAACUAUGGCGUCAUUGUGCUGUCGCUGCUCGUGUCGUGGGCGUCGGACCGCACGCAGAUCCGGGGGCUCUGGUGCCUGGCUGCGGGCUCCUACUCGCUCAUCUUCGCCGGCGUGCUCUGGGGCCUUCCCCUCUCGGCCGACAAGUGGAAGAAAUACGCCAUCUUGACGGUCCUCAACAGCGGCAACGCCGUCUCCCAGGGCCUCAACGACGCCUGGCUCAGCAGCAACUGCCGCACCCCGCAGCAGCGCAGCAUCGGCCUCGCCCUCGCCGUCAUGGGCAGCAAUCUCGGCGGCCUGGCCGGUCAGCAACUGUUUCGCUCCAGCGAUGCCCCCCACUACACCAACGGCUUCCUGGCCAUCGUUUGUCUGUAUUCGGCGGCGCUGCUGGCUGUCACGGCCCUGAUGGCCUUCUACUGGCAUGGGAACCGCCAGCUUGCGCGGCUGCCGACAUCACCACCGUCGGCCAGUAAUGAUGGGACCGGCGCGGCGGCCGAAGAGCAUGCUGUUGGGACGAGUCCCGAGCAGAUGAAACCCUGGAGAUACGAAAUCUAG